AUGCUCUCAUACUAUGAACACAAUAGUGCGUUCCAAACUAACAAUUGCAACUCUGGUGGCAAUGCCGGCGCCACAUAUAACAGCGACGCCAAUAAUGAUAAAAUCGUAAAUAAAAGAAAUAAUGAUCAUUUUGAGUUUGACACGCAUAGUUUGUACCAAAGGACGAAGAGAACAAAGCGAGAUCCUGCAAGCACAAAAUUUCCGGCCAGUUCUGGGGCUGCCAAUACUAACAAUAGUAGCAACAGUAGUAAUAUCACUUGUUCUUCUACUACUACCACAGCUACCACAGCUACUACUAUUACUACCAUUAAUAAUAUUCAAUAUCAGAGAAAUAUCGGGAUACCUCCCCUGAAAUCGGUGGGUAUGCAACACGGCACGAACGGUGGUUUUAUGAACGAAUCCGAGUUGUACUCGGAAACCGAAGAGUAUAUGAUUCAUGGCUACUUCGGCAACAGUAAUCACGAAAUAACAAACACGCGCCUCAAUGGUAAUACCAGUAUCAUACAGCACCAGUAUCAUACCCUGCCUUCUCAAAAUAUAAUUGCAUCACAACUACCCAAUGCCGCCAACGAUUACAUGGAUAUAGACUAA